ACCGCCUUCAUGAUCCAACAAUCACCCACCGAUGCCUCGUGUCAAGGUAUUCAAUAUCAUCUCGACCAUUCCGAGACAGACAUGGAAAACACUUGACAUUCCAUAACAGUUUUUUUUUUGCUAGCAAGCCGAUGAUCGGGCCUCCUCUCACACCUCCACCAUCAGAUUCACCUUCCAUCACCACUCACUUCCACACCACGAUUCAGACAGACCCUUCCUUGGUGCUGAUCAGCCUCUUACAUAUACAACACCAGGCUUCCCUGACUAUCGUCCAAGCCCCCUUCGUCCACACCAUACACUCCGAGACUCCAUCCUUCCCCAUCAAGAUCAUGGCCUCACAACAGCAAUCACUAACAACCUCGUUCCCGGCCAACGUGGACGACGUGGUCUCGGACCCUGAGUCUCUCAUCCGCCUCCUGCGCGCCUACGACCCUGCCUUUGAUGGCGCACAGGCGGUGAGAGCUGCCUACGAGGACGCUCUUGUUCGGCACCACAAUGACAUGAUGGACCAUGAUCUGGAUGACACCGAUGACCAUGACCACAGUCAAGCCACCUUCAGUCGCGGCCUCACGGGGAACGCCCUCGUCGACUGGGUUACCACCCAUAUCAGCUCAGACACUUUGCUCUCUGUCGACGAGAUGGACCAGUACGCCGCCCUCGAACGGGCCGGGCUCCUGCCACACUUGGAAGCCACCCUUGCCCAGUCUGGUCUGAAACCCAGCGAUCCGUCCAAAAUCCCUCCCCUCAGCGAUCACCAGAUCAGAGCGGCCACCCAGGAACUCAUGCGAUCAACUAGUCUCAUCACCCGCCAGACCGAGGCCCUGCGUGAGCAACAGGACCACCUCGACCGGCUCGUUGCCGAGCACAAGAGGGAUACCCAAGCCAGGGCCGCCUUGGAGGUUCAGCAGCUCAAGGGGCUGGAGGAGCGGCAGAGGGAUUUGGUCCAGUCGGUGGUGGAACUAGCCCUGUUCCUGGGCGACAAGGUUGAUGAGCUGGAGGCCCAGAAUGAAGAACGGAAAGCCGACGUCGAAACGCUGGUCGAUGGCAUGUUUCACUCGGAUGACCAUGUCUUGUCAAGUCUUCAGAAAUUAGGGGACCAGUUGAGUAGGUCUUGUUCUGGCGAGGACGCCAGCAAGGCGGAGGAAGACAUGGUCAAUAGUUUGCGUGACAUUUGCGCCAGAAUGAUCAAGUUCCACGUGGAAGGGAUCAGAACGAGGUUGGAUAGAAUCUACCUCGAGACCCUUCAUGCCGCGGUAGAGUCGGGGGCGGGGGAUCAUGGUAGCACCGUCACGGUGGAGGAUGUCGCCGCUGUCCAGCGAGAGUUGGAGGAACUCUACACCGAGAUCCUUCCAGUCGGUCAGAUGUCAAUCGAGCACCAGUUCUUGCGACCUGCUCUUGAUGAUCUAGCAGCCAAGAACGGUCGCAGACUUGAGCAGUCGACACAUGCAGCGCAUUACAUCGACGAAUGCCUCGAUUACCUGCUCGACCGCAUCACCACCAUCCGCGCGUGUCUCCAAGAGUAUCUGUCUCAUCAACAAGCCGUCGCCGAGUUUGCCAAACUCGCACGACCAGAACUUAAUACCAACGGCCUCCUCCCCAAAGAGUCGCCGGACUUAACAUCAGCAUCCCAUCACCGCCGACACUCCUCGUUUCCCCGCCAACUCCCUGCUGACUCACUAUCCCCGGAACUUAAAUCCAUCCUCCAAACCCUCGGCAUUUCCAUCCCAGUGGCAGAUCCAUCACUCCAAUCCCACCUUUCCGCUCUUCAAUCAGCUCUCGACUCCACCCUAACAGACCGCCAACAAAAGCGCGACGAACUCUUGUCCACUGCGCAAUCAAGCUUUGAAGACGCGGUAACGAAGCACAUAGGUGAUGCAAAGGCUGCACUUGCCAUGCUGAGGGACUCGGUGUUGGCGGACAGUCCGUGGGGAGCGGUGAGGUUGGUCGAUGAGGAGUUGGAGGGGAGUGUGGAGGUUAUACGACAGGAGCUGGAAAAGAUAGAAGAAUGGAGGGGAGAUAUUGAUGGGGCUGUCAAGGCCUCGAAUGCUGAUGCAAAGAGGGAGCAGUUUUUGAAAAGAUGGGGGGAGAGGCUAUAACGUUUCUGGGAAGAGAUGGUUUGAUGGACAUGAUAAUGAACAACAAACUGGUAUGUCGACGAAUGUAAUGAUAUGAUGAUCUCCUAUGGCAAUGAUGGCGAUAGGGUUGUUUACGGUUAAUACGUUACUAGACACGAUAGAGUCGGCCAAAAUUCGUCCAAAGAACGGAGUUGGUAGUGUUCACAAUGAACUCCAAAGCAUCUUACACUGCCCUAUCAUGACGCUAACAAUCACGCCUAAGAUUUAUUGCUCGAGCGCGCCCACAACAUACAUCAUGACUCAAAGCGGUCAAGAUAUCGGGGCGUCCAUAGGCCAAGGUGAUUACAGAUCAAGC